AUGUCUCCUUUCGAGUGGAGUAAUGUGAUCCAAGAACACUUUUUUUUGCACACUAAACUACCUUGUUGUCUUGUAUUUAAAAAAGCAAACAUCAGCUUAAAUGGUAAAUUUUUUUUAACAAUACGAGGACGUUGUUCUGACUGUGGAUCAAUUUUUGAUGGUGUUGUUAAAGAUAUUCCUAAUACGGAAUCUAGAGUCAUAAUGGAAUGCAAUUAUUCAGGAAAUUAUAAAAUUUCACAUUCAAAGAAACGUAAAUUAUUUGGAAGUGAAAAAAUUCGAGCAUUAACUACGAUGCUAAAUGAAAACGUUAAUCCUUCAGUGUUUAACCGUAUUGAAGCAAGUCGUUUAAUGUCUGAAGGUGAUAAAGCCCCUGCACAAAUUCCAAGCUUGAUAAGUCUUAGAACAGCAAAAAGCAGAGCAAUUUCCUUAACAAGGCUUCAUCAAGACCCAGUAAUUGCAAUAAAUAUUAUGAAAUACAAUUCAUCAUUUUGUUCUACUAUUCGUGAUAUUGGUUACGAUGGUUUUUUUGUUCAUUUUUGGAGCAACUUACAACUUCGAAUUUACAAAGAUUGUUACUCAAAAUGUAAAAUUCCUUCAAUAUCAUUUGACGCUACAGGAGGAUGUUGUAGAAAAAUAAAAAGACCGGACAACACUAUGAGUAGUAACCUAUUUCUGUAUGAAGGUGUUAUGGAAGUAGAUGGAAAAACAUUCACAGUUUGUUCAAUGAUUUCCGAAAAACAUGAUACAUUAAGUAUAUGUACUUGGUUAAAACGAUGGUUGAAGUGUGGUGUCAAAUCUCCUAAAAUGGCUAUAUCUGACCAAUCUUUGGCCCUUAUGUCUGCAAUUGUACAAUCCUUUACGCAGUACAAUUCCCUUGAAGAGUACUUAAGAAUAUGUUUCAAAUUAAUCAUGAAUACUCAAGUUAACGAAAAAGAUAUACCUUUAUGUUUUGUAAGAAAUGAUAUCAACCAUUUUGUAAAAUUAAUAUCACAAUGGACUCCACUUAAAAAAUCUAAGUUCCCUAGAACUAGACAAUUGUUUAUUCGUUCUAUGACACUAUUAAUAUAUUGUUCUUCAAUGGAAGAAGCAAAACAAAUUUUAGAAGCUAUUUUCAAAGUAGCACUAAGUAAAUAUGAUGGUCUUUGUUUAGGAGCAACAAAUAAUAAUAUUACAGAAGAAACUCCUUGCGCUAAAAGUAAAAAGUAUUUACAAUCACUUAUUUCAAACAAAUCAUCGUAUUUUCAAACUUUUGAUAAUUAUAUAGAAAAUACAAUAUCUAAUGAAGAAUCAAAUUCUGUAAAUGAAAGUAUAUGUGCAGAUAUCGAUAGCUCUUUUAUGAAUUGGGCUUCUAUAAUUGCAAAUCGUUCUAAAAUAGAUGUUGAACAACUGGAAGGAGAAUAUGACAACGCCCAGUAUGUACCAGAAAUUGUUCCGUUGGUACUUAAUGCGAUGAAAUUAUAUCCAUGUUGGUCGGGAAUUAUGACGAAGACUUUCAAAUAUGGAGAUGCCUCAGUUUCAAGUUGUCGGGUGGAAAGUAAUUUCAAUAAUAUUAAGAAUAGAGUUUUCAACGGAGACAACUUACCAAUGAGAGUUGACAAUUUUUUAGAAAAGUUAGUCUCUUAUUACAAUGGGGAUCAUUUGUUACUUCAAAGUUCAGAUUCAAUUGUUACAACAAACUCUAAUAUUGAUGAAAAUUUAGGAUCAAACCUUGAUACAAAUAACUAUAAUUCACAAACGGUUUCUUCAAAUAAAAGUAUAAUCAAUGAACACCAUUUGAAUGACCAAGAACUUGAAACAGAUUGUACAGAUGAAGGAUUUUAUAUUGGCGGCACUAUUAACAAUUCAAAUCAAAAGUUGUAUAACAAAAAUGUUGUACAAAUUGAAGAAGAUCAAGAUAUGGAAUGUACUGAAAAAAGAAAAACCUCAACUGGGACUAUAUUAAAUAAUGAAUUUAAUACCAACAUAUGUCUGCCAUGUAAAAAUGGAGAUUUCCCAACAGGUAUACAUCGGUGUGCUUUUUGUAAUAGAUCUGUACACUUAUUUGGUUGUUCAGUUAAUCUUGUAGAUAGCGAAGAAGGCUACGGAGAAUCACGAAUAUGUUUGUUAUGUUUUAACCAGUCAGAAGAAAAUAACGCUGAAGAACAAUGGCAAAAAAAAAAUAUAUCUAAUCGGCCCCCCAUUAGAUCAGCUAACUCAUAUCUUACUUCCCAACCAGGAUUCGAUCAUUUAGAUUUAAGCCAAAAUGGCUCCAUAAAGGCAAUAAUAUUUUUGAAAAAUGGUAAUACUUUUCAAAAUAAACCUUGCACCUUACCAGGAAUUGGUAAAGUAAUUCUCAAUAAUAGUUGUUCACCAGAUUCGUUGAUGUCUAUUUUAGCCUGUGCUGCAGCAGACAGUAAGGUUUAUUAUGAUUAUUUAUCAAGCAUAUCAAAAAAAGAUAAAACUGCCAAAUUUAUUAUUAGCAUGCUAAAUACAAAAACAAGGAAAGUUAUGCACAAAGAACGAAUAAUAUUAUUAGCUCCUUAUUUUUUAUCUAAGGACAAACAUCUUAUUGGUGGUAUCAGUACAAUUGAUGCAAUGGAUACAUUAUCUUCUACAGCACAUAAAAUGUUAAAAAAUAUGCCAUCUUACAAGAAAAUAAAUCAAUGUACAAAUUUCACGUGUGAAGAUUUUUCCAGUCAACAGAGUUAUGAAGUCGUAACAUUAACAGCGAUUGAUGGAAAAAUAAAUAUACAAAAAGAAGUAGAUAUUUUUUUUAAAAAUGAAACCACCAUAUGUUCCUACUGUGACUCUAAAAGAAACAUUACAGUAAAUGUUAAAAAAAAUGUUUUGAUUGAGCUGGUUUCUAUUCCUAAAGAACUUGAAGCAUCAACAAGUGCUCUUGAUAUUGAUAUUAUAAAUGACAUACAACAAAAUUAUGCUGGAGAAACAUUGUUGACAUUGGAUGAGAUACCAAAAACAUUAAAUGUGAAUGGCCAUACUUAUUAUAUCCGAGGAACGAUUGUCUUUAAUAGUGGCUUACGUACAGGACUCAGAGUUACAAGUGGUCACUAUAAGGCAUUUGCAUAUAGGAAAAAUAACUAUUGGGAAGUUUAUGAUGACCUAAAAGAUGGCAUCACUCAGCCAAAAGCAAUAAAAAAUAAUGUCGAGGUCAUAAUAUAUACAAUUUAA